ACCCACGCACCCGAUGUUUGGGAUUGGGAAACCAAAGGGUAGUCUCGGAGGAACCAAACGCACGCACGGGGACCAACGCGACAAAGCCAGGAAGUGGAGGCCGGCGUGCGGAUGCGUGAUGCGGAGAGAGAAACCACUCUUCUACCAAACCCUUGCCCCAUGGAACUCGCCCGCCGAGCCGCUCAUCGGGCCGACGCCGGCGACAUCUACGGCAUUCCCACCCCUUCCGCUGAUGAGCAGAUGACGAUACAAGAGCUCCACCGGGAACUCUUGCACGAGAAAAUCCGCCAGCGAAUCAUCGUGGACGAACUGGCCAAGCAGCAGGAGCUGGAGGCUGAGUUCCAGCGCGAACUCUUGAACAGUGAUGUUGAUGCCAGGUUCCGGCAGAUCACAAUGCCCCACCAUGGCACAUCCCCUUUGCCUCAUGAUGAGCCACUGGAUGUACCCGUGUCGAUUGCGAGGCGGCCCGUCAAAGAUCGGACCGUGGAAUGGGAUCGACCUCCACGGUGCAGGCCGGCGAGCGAGGAGGAUGCACCGAUCGUUGGGGCUAAGCAGCACAAAAAUGCACUCUCUGGGAUGAAGAGGAAACGGACUGCAGAAACUCCAUCGUUGAUUUGCAGCAUCUGCGACGCAAAAUGCUAUCGUGAAACAGAUUUACAGAAUCACUUAAGAGGCAGAAGGCACCAAGAGAACAUAGAAGCUCUUCAGGGAGAAGGCAAGGGAGCUGAAGCGAGGCUACAUGAAAAAGAAGUGCCCCAGCUUGCAGACAAAAACCUGAAACCAAUGCCAACAUGGUUUUGCAGCAUCUGCGAUGCUAACUGUACAUCUCAGUCUGACCUCAAGAAUCACCUCCGAGGCAGAAGGCACCAACAGAACAUAGAAGCUCUGCAAGGAGAUGGCAAGGACCCUGAAGUGUCAAGAUGGAUGUGCAGCAUCUGCAAUGCUAACUGCACAUCUCAAUCUGACCUUGAGAGUCAUCUCCGAGGCAGAAGGCACCAAGAGAACAUAGAAGCUCUGCAAGGAGAUGGCAAGGACCCUGAAGUGUCAGGAUGGAUGUGCGACAUUUGCAAUGCUAAUUGCACAUCUCAAUCUGAUUUCGAGAGUCACCUCCGAGGCAGAAGGCACCAAGAGAAGAUAGAAGCUCUGGAAGGAGAUGGCAAGGACCCUGAAGUGUCAAGAUGGAUGUGCUACAUUUGCAAUGCUAACUGCACAUCUCAAUCUGAUUUCGAGAGUCACUUCCGAGGCAGAAGGCACCAAGAGAACAUAGAAGCUCUGCAAGGAGGUGACAAGGACCCUGAAGUGUCAAGAUGGAUGUGCGACAUUUGCAAUGCUAAUUGCACAUCUCAAUCUGAUUUCGAGAGUCACCUCCGAGGCAGAAGGCACCAAGAGAACAUAGAAGCUCAGCAAAGAGAUGGCAAGGAUCCUGAACUGUCAAGAUGGAUGUGCGACAUUUGCAAUGCUAAUUGCACAUCUCAAUCUGACUUCGAGAGUCACCUCCGAGGCAGAAGGCACCAAGAGAACAUAGAAGCUGAUGACAAGGGAACUGAAGCGUCAAGAUGGAUGUGCGACAUCUGCAAUGCUAACUGCACAUCUCAAUCUGACCUCAAGAGUCACCUCCGAGGCAGAAGGCACCAAGAGAACAUAGAAGCUCUGCAGGGAGAUGGCAAGGGAACUGAAGUGUCAAGAUGGAUGUGCAACAUCUGCAAUGCUAACUGCCUGUCUCGAUCUGAUUUCGAGAGUCACAUCCGAGGAAGAAGGCACCAAUCAAACUUGCAAGCCUGAGUUCUCAGGGCAUGCAAUCGAGAUGCCUAAACAUAAGUAAGCAUAUAACUCAUAAACCUGAGUAGGAUCUCUUCUAUUUUGGGGCUAACUUAUAUGAGAGCGGUUGGCCUGGGCUUGGUAGACUCAAUUCUAGAACUUGGCAACGGUUAGCUGUUUGUGCCGAGAGAAGCUCAUAUGGAGCCAUUUGGUACUUUGCACAUGAGAGAUGCAAAGCAUAUUUUGCCCAUUGUUUUGCUAGCUUUAACUGUCAUCAAUCCACUCUGUUGGAACAUUCUGAACAGAUCGCGAGCUUCACAAAUAUGCAUGUUUCUUAUUGUGUU